AACAGGUCAGUGUGCCGUUGGACGCCGAGAUGUACGGAUUGGUGUUUCUCUUGGUCGUUGCCGCUGCGUUCGGUGGGGGACAUGGGUUCGAACAGACACAGCUGAGAGAGGGGACCGUUGCGGACCGCGUGAAGGUGAGCGUGUACUUCGAGUCGCUGUGUUCUGACUCGAUGAAAUUCUUCAAGAGCCAGCUGUAUCCUGUGUGGCAGGACCUCCAGGACAUCAUCGACCUUGAGUUCAUCCCCUUCGGCAAGGCCAGGGCAACUCCGACAGAAACGGGCGACUAUGAAUUUGAGUGCCAGCACGGACCCGACGAGUGCUACGGGAACCGCGUAAUGUCCUGCGCCCAGAACUCCCUCCCUAUUGGCACCCAGGUCGAAUUCUUUCAGUGUAUGAUGACCAAGCGGUACCCGGCGUUCUUUGGGAAGCAGUGCAGCGAGGAAAUAGGCAUCGCUUGGGCGCCCCUACAGGAAUGCGCCGAGAGCCCAAAGGGAGCCGCUAUGCUCUACCAGAACGGCAUCCGCACGGCCUCGCUCAAGCCGCGGGUGCACUUCAUUCCGACCAUCACGAUCAACGGGAGGUAUGACAACCGCCAGCUGCGCGUUUCCCUCAUGGCUUUGAGGAGUCAGAUUUGCGCAAGUUAUGACGGGCCGCCACACCAGAACUGUUUGUAGAUGACUAACCUUAUCCUGCAGGUUCCGAAAGGAUCGUCACCUCGUUUUCCUGGGAUAAUGUGCAGUGUAAGUGUGAUUCUUAAAGAAGAACACAAAAAACAAAACAUUUAAGCUCGUAGCAACUUGUGUGGGAAAUAUUUUCUGAUAUUGUGGAGAAAACACAGAGAAAUCGCUUUCCAAUUGAUACGGAAAUGAACGAUACAAUUGUUGUUACUUUCCAUCUUUAUAUGGUAAUUAGCUUGUUAUUUAAAUAUUUUGAAAUCCCGCCACUGCCUUAGGAUAUUUAUAUUUACUGUGACAUAAUUACUUUUGUUUCCCUCAUAAGAAUGCAAUGAAUUUGUAAAGAGGAUAUUAUUCCUAAAUAUGGGAAGUUCUCUUGUACGCUUAAUAUCAUAUUUUAUUUAACUAGUGUAUAUUUCUUGAUAUUUUCCUUUCUUUUAUUUUGUAUUUGUUACCUCUUAAUUGUUGCUGCUAUUAUGUAAAAGGGCAUUUGAUAUUGCAUUGUCUUCAGCUGACUAUUGUAAAAUCGUGGACUGAUAUCACCAUGGUGUUUUUUUAUACAAAAAAGUAAAAGAUCCAGCUCAAACUUGUUA